GGAAAAUAUAAAUAAAUAAAAUUGUCAAAACGCCGGGGUGUGCAUAUUUUGAUGCUAACUGUAUUAGAUCACCCUGUACUUGUUACUGAGUAGCAUGCAUAUUUUUAUUACUGAAAACAAAAAGUAAUUAGAAUUUGAAAAAAAAAAUAUUACUUAAUUGGUGAAACACUACAAAAAAUACAGAAUAAUGAGAUACAUGGACGCAUAUAUGUAUGUGCAUACAUAUGUACAUAUAACAGCAGCGGCAAAACCGGUGGAGACAGAGUCGGCAUUCUUCCCAUAACAUACGAGUUCGUAUUUGAUAAACACAACAUUCAGUUGAUUUGUGAACAGUGAAGCUGGUUAACGUAUUUUUUUCGAAAAGGUAGCUUCGAACGAAAAAAUAACAAUUCAAAAGUGCAGACACACAUUCACUGCACUUAAAGGAAAAAAAAAACAAAAAAACGUUGAAUACAAAUUAGUUUAAAAAUAGCAAUCAAAAGUAUAAUCACUGCCGCAAAAAAUGGCUACCUCUCAGCUGAUCGACGAAUUAUAUGACUUCAUGUAUCCGCUUGCACUGAGCGCUGGUGAAAUUCUACUCGAGGGCUAUGAGGCGGCCGGCAAGCAGGUCAACAUAAAGACAGCAUUCUAUGACGUAGUCACCGAGUAUGACAACAAGAUCGAAGAAUUUCUAAUUGAACAAAUAUUGGCGCGAUAUCCCGAUCACAAAUUCAUCGGCGAAGAGGAUACAGCGAAGAAUAAUCAUGUGACAAAAGAACUAACUGAUGCACCCACAUGGAUUAUUGAUCCCAUCGAUGGCACAUCAAAUUUCAUCAAACAGAUACCGCAUGUCUGCAUCUCAAUUGGUUUGGCGGUGAAUAAGCAGAUCGUUUUGGGCAUAAUAAACAAUCCGGUGCAAAAGAAAAUCUACACAACAAAACUGGGUGGUGGCGCAUUUUGCAAUGGCAAGCGCAUACAAGUGAGCAGUGUAGAUAAUAUGAACGAAGCGAAUGUGGCGUACGAAGUGUCGCUGUUGCAUGCACAUAAAAUACGCAAUAAACAUAUAAAGCGAAUCUAUCACAUAGGGAUGCAAGCAAGAAGAUUACUCGCCUAUGCAUGUGUGGUGGAUUCCUUGUGCAUGGUGGCUGCCGGAAAUUUGGAUGCCUUUCAUAUUGAAGACAUGUAUCCAUGGGAUUGUGCUGCCGGCUAUUUGCUUAUACGUGAAGCUGGUGGCGUUGUAACGCAUCCCUAUGGAGGACCGUUUGAUAUUAUGAAACCAGAUUUAAUAUGCGCUGGCACAGAGCGUUUGCGCAAGGAAUUGGAAGAGAUAAUAAAGAAAGCCGAUCAAGUGAAGUCGGUGGGGGGAGAAGAGGAGUAAAUAGAAAUCAUAAAGGUUACUCGUAUUAAUGUACUUAAUGCUUUAAAUUUUAUACUAAUUAAAAAUUAUAAGACAAAUAAGAAAAUUUAAUAAAUGUAGUCCGCGAAAUUUCUUCUUAAGCUUUUCUUUAACCAGAUUGGCCGAGAUACAUAAAUAUAUAGGUACGUGUAGAGAUCGCCGAAAGGAAAAUGUAGAAAAGGCCGCAAUAGAAUAUAAGCAAAGAAGUUUACGUUGACGUACUUUGCAAUUCGUCUUAGGUUGAUGGAAACAAUUUUAUAAAACAUCACCUCGUUGUUUUAGAUAUCAUCAAAGUAUUGGUACCAACUAAUGGCUCUCCAGGUAUGCGCCGAAAUACUAAUUCUCCAAAUAAAAUUGAUUUGAUCGCUUGCAUCGGCCUGUAGCAAUAAUCCUUUUCACUGUACGAAGCCUAACGCUCUUCCCUUCAGAGUUAACGGCGACCCUUUUCACCGGCUGGACGAAGGUCAAGCUGCAACGGCACAGCGCAAUUGUCAAUCAAGUAUAGAGCCACAACGAGGUCCUCAAUUCUAAACGGGGUGCCUUCUUAAAUCGCCUGAACACCGCCUAUAUCGCGAAACCUCAAUGCUGCCCCCUCAGAGCCACUUGCUAAGCACGAACUCGCGGACGAAAUCCAUACCUGUAUGCAUCGCAUAACCACAGCAGCCGACAAUCACCAUCUUGACCAACUCUAAUCCCGCGAAUGCCGUCAGCGGAGUUUAACUACCACCCAUCACAAACGAAGAACUUCAGACGCUUCAGAGACCCGCAUAACUCUAAAUAAUAUAGCAGUCUAAGCUCCUACUUAACAACAUACCAAUUUACAUAUAUAUGGUUGUUGUUGUAGCGGCUACUCAACUCUGCCUAGAUCGGGUUGUCCCCCAAUCGUUUCCGUCAAGUUCAACUAAUCCAGGAGAACCAGGAAGUGAGCAACUGCAACUGGGUUGGUCCGUAAGGACAGAGGCGUUAGUUGAGUGGGGUUUUGGGGGCAUGCGACGCGCAGAGGUGCCGCGUGUCAUGAGGUGACUCUCCGCAUGCCAGGCACCCGUUGGGCACAUCUGCGUUUAUUCUGCUCAGGUACGACUUUAGCCUGCCUCAGUAUCCAGAGCGAAGUUGGACUAAGGUGGUGCGAGUC